UUAUUAACGGCCCAUAUCCGGCAAAACGACUCCGAUUUUGCCCAUAAUCCUGCUCCUGCAUCAACCACCAUUACAAUGAUUACACCCAUCGUUGGCAAGCUCAGAAAGCGCUUUUUCUUCGACGUUUCUCUCGCGUUGGGACUGGGCUCUGCAGCUGCUUUCUCCUACUGGUAUGAAUUCUUAUCUUACCAACCAAUUACCACCCUUACACGUUUCUCUAGGUAUGGAUACCACCUGAAAGCUGUUGAGCGUCAGGAACAAUACUAUCUCAAGCUCGAGAGGGAAAAGCUGAACCAAAAGUAGAGGGAAGAAGGUUGUUGAUGGAACAGGUGUUUCUAGACCGGGCUAUAUGACUAGACCCGUCGCGUCCUGUCAUGUAGAGCUUUGG